UGAGGAGUUGGACAAGAAGAGAGAGAUUGGGAGAGUUUGGGAUUAUUUAAUCCGAGGACUAGUACUCAAAUCUGGAGGAAGGGAAGCAGCAGCCCCUCAAUCUCAACGGUCAGAUCCGAUACAGAUCGCCUUCCUCGGCUGAACUGCUCGAGGCUCAGAAUCUGAUCCAGACCAAUUCUCCACCCUCCGAUCCCGACCCCCUCUCCGACUCCGAAAACAAGAUGCUCAAGCGUCCCGGCAGAGGAAUCGGAAUGGGGAGUCCCCUGUACGACUCCCUCUCCGACAAAAUGUACAGAUACAGGAGCGUCGUCCUCGUCAUCUCAAUCCCUCUCCUCCUCCUUACCAUGGUCCUUUACGUCAUGCCCCCCGGCGGUAAUUUGAGCAACCAGCUCCCCCGCAAGCUGCCUUCCAAGACAUCCUACGCUGUGAUCUUCGACGCCGGCAGCUCCGGCAGCCGCGUCCACGUCUUCUGCUUCGACCACAACCUCCAGCUCCUUCCCAUUGGCAAAGAUCUCGAGCUCUUUCUUCAGGUCAAGCCUGGUCUGAGCGCUUAUGCCAAGGACCCUCGCUCUGCUGCCGAGUCCCUCACCGGUCUUCUCGAUAAGGCUGAGAACGCAGUUCCCAAGGAGCUUCGUUCCUUCACUCUCGUCCGCGUUGGCGCUACGGCUGGCCUUAGGGCUUUGGAGGGCGAUGCUUCUGACCGCAUUCUCCAGGCCGUCAGGGAUCUGCUCAAACAAAGAAGUAGCCUCAGCUCCCGCCCUGAUGCCGUUACUGUCAUUGAUGGAACUCAAGAAGGUUCCUUCCAGUGGGUGACAAUAAACUAUCUACUAGGAAAUUUGGGGAAGAAAUAUUCAGAUACUGUAGGGGUGGUUGACCUUGGAGGUGGAUCUGUUCAGAUGGCUUAUGCUAUCUCAGAGGCAGAUGCUGCAAAAGCACCCAAGUUAUCAGAUGGAGAGGAUGUAUAUGUAAGGCAAAUGAAUCUUAAAGGAGUUAAAUAUAACCUUUAUGUUCACAGUUACUUGCAUUACGGGUUACUAGCAGCUCGAGCAGAGAUUUUAAAGGUUUCUGAAGAUUCUGGCAACCCCUGCAUCUUAGCCGGAUAUUAUGGUUCUUACGCAUAUGGAGGACAAUCUUAUAAAGCAUCAGCUUCCUCAUCUGGAUCAAGUGUUGAGGAGUGCAGGAGGGUAGUUACGAAGGCACUCAAAGUAAAUGAAGCAACAUGUUCACACAUGAAGUGCACAUUUGGCGGGGUAUGGAAUGGUGGAGGAGGGGAUGGACAAAGGAACCUAUUUGUGGCUUCAUUUUUCUUUGACAGAGCUGCUGAGGCUGGUUUUGUUAACCCAAACGAACCUGUUGCAAAAGUUCACCCUGGUAACUUUGAGGAGGCAGCUAAGCGUGCUUGUGAAACCAAACUUGCGGAUGCUAAAUCAACAUAUCCAAGAGUUGAGGAGGGUAAUCUACCGUUCUUGUGCAUGGAUCUUGUUUACCAAUCUACAUUGCUUGUGGAUGGAUUUGGUCUUGAUCCCUGGCAAGAGAUUACAUUGGUGAAGAAAGUUAAAUAUCAAAAUUCCUUGGUUGAAGCGGCUUGGCCACUAGGGAGUGCCAUAGAGGCCGUGUCCUCAGUAUAAUUGUCAGCUGAAUCACCUAUUGGAAAGAUAAGCCUUUGAAUUUUGGCACCGGCGGUCUUUGCACUCCAUGAUCGGUACUGCUCAGAAGCCGACCUCAUAAACUGAUAUUGGGAAUUGGAUUUGGUCUAUAUUUUGGGAAUAAUGAGAGAAUAUAGUUGAAUUUGUUUUCAUUUGUAAUUAUUCAGACUUAACUAUUCUUGAGAUAACAAUUUGAUUCAAUUUGUUCUA